AUGGGUCGGCUCCAACGGAGUGAUACCACGGCCUCACAGAAAGCCGAUGUGCGGAAAUCCUUGUGUUUCGUCAUGAACCGCAUAGAAAGAACCGCGUCCAAACGAUGGCGGGGCACCGUGCGGCGUAUUGUGUCUGCUGCUGUUUAUAACCUGUCCUGUUUCACCCACGGCUGCAGCACAGGAUGGGUGUCCGGAGUACUAGGGAGCGAGGCAUUAACAGGAGGUGCCUGGUUAGCUGCACUACCGUGCCUGGUCGCGUUACCAGCGGCACCAUUUUUCGCAGUGCUAGCUGACGCGAGAGGACGCAAGGCUGGGGCUUUUUGUAUCUGCGUUAGUUUUAUUAUAAGCUGGUCGUUAGCAGCAUGGUGUGGUCCCCGAGGAGUGUGGGCUGCCAGGGUAGCAGCUGGCGCAGGAGGUGCAGGAGCUCUUGCAUUAGCACCUCUGUACUGUGCUGAAAUCGCCCCAAGAACAAGGGGGUUGGCCGCUAUGCCUUCAUUAGCUUGCAGUUGCGGCAUACUAUUCGCGUACGCAGCUGGCGGUGUACUGUCCGCACAUGCACUAUCGUUAUCAAUGGCGGUACCGCCUUGUGUGCUCCUGGUAUCACUCAUCUGGUUGCCAGAGACACCUUCAUUCCUCAUCAGCGUCGGCAGGAUACAGGAUGCAGCAAAAAUAAUCUGCUGGUUCGAUGGUUCCGACUUCCGAGAGGACCUGACGGACGUUAUAGAACAACAAGAAGUCAAGAUUAGGACUUCAGACUGCUACGGGCGACGAGACCCUAUCCGAAGGCAGGACUCGGAUACCUUCCAGCCAAUGCUGAAGAGAAGUAGUGGACUAGACUCUAACUCCGAGAAGAAAAGGGAGCAGUCGGCUUGUAAGGAGCUGUUUCGACACCGACGCACUCGCCGUGCUUUAUUCUCAUGCCUGGUCCUACUGAGCGCUGCAGCUGGAAGUGGCGCCGGCGCAGUCAACAGUUUCGCAGCAGCAGUCUUGCGACACUCCACACACAGUGUUCCACACCUCAACGUUACGGCUUACAACUUUACCAUGUAUAAUGGAACUGCACCUCGCUCACUAUUCGAGCCAUCAGAAGCUGGCUCUAUACUAUGCGGCACUGCACUGGUCCUUGGAGCCGCAGUUGCUACUGUUUCCGUAGACAAACUUGGGAGAAAGAUGUUGCUGCUCUGGUCGUGUUCAGGAAUUACCUGUUGCCUCGCAAUACUAGGAGCGUAUUGUGACCCCAACAUACGUCUGUACUCCUGGUACUCUCACCGCUUGUGGCCUUACAAACGUACGCACAAUCUUAAGGAGAAGGGUUUGCAAUUGACAGAAAACUUCACACAAGUUAAUGUACUCCCGGAAUGGAAGAAUUAUACGAAUGAUAGCUCCAGAUUCAGAGUGGUACUGGAGAAUGAUAGUGUUUCUGAAGAGUGGAAGGUUCAGAAUAUAACUAAUGUGGAAGAAGAUACGGAGAAGCCGGAAGAAAAUUUAUGGGCCCCUGUAGCUCUGAUGUCAGUGGUGCUGUUUUUGUACAAUAUAGGUCUGGGAUCCGUGCCUUAUGUACUUAUAUCUGAAUUGUUUACCAUCAAUGUCCGAAGCCUAGCUUCCAGUCUUCUAAUAUCAUGGAUGUGGCUUAGCAAUUUCUUCAUUCUUCGGUACUAUGGCACUAUCGCCGUCUCUGUAGGCCUCCACGGCACCUACUACAUUUGCGCCUCCAUCACACUCCUGGGAUCCUUAUACAUAUUCUUUAUCAUACCUGAAACCAAAGGGAAGGCCCAAGAACAAAUCGACGAAGACCUCGAUGGACCACUAUUGGUGAUUAAACGAAAGAGAAAGAAUCGUGAUCAGCGAUGA